AUGGGUUCUCUUAUGGCAGGAUGGGACUCUAACUCCUCAUCUUCAUCACUUGAAAGAAAUCGGUCACUCACCAAAGAAGAAAUUGAUGCUUUCUGGAAAUCAAAAAAGGACACAGAGGAAGAACACCUCAAAGCUAUUUCCAAUUUAUCAAAGACUAUUCAGCCUGGGAAAUACGAGGAAACUGUGCCCUUCGCCCUACGCAUGAAGGAGACAUUAGGCAGGGAUGUUAACAUUAAUUUGGAGCAGCUUAUCACUAAAAAUGGCUGGUGGACGAAGAGUAACUGGGCAUUUUUGAAUGAACCGCCAGUCAUGGAAACUGCUUCAAACAAGUAUGCAUCACAGUUUCACGUAGCCAACUCGGGAACAUCAAAACAAAAUCCUGGACAUGGAAUUAGUGCUUGA